AUGCCCAACACAGCAGGCAGGAUUGAUCUGGAGGCAUACUCCAUUGUAUGGCUUUGCCCGCUGCCCGUCGAGACAACAGCCGCACUGUUCAUGUUUGACGAGCAUCAUGAAGGAAUCAUCGAUCGGCAGCAUGGUCGGUCAGUCGAGUAUCACUUUGGAAGAAUAGGCAGCCACAACGUAGCAGUUGCUGGCUUCCCUAGUGGCGAGGUAGGAAUUGGCAAGGCUGGCGCAAUGGCCGAAGCUGUCACUCGCGACUUCAAAAACCUUGAACUUGGCCUCCUUACUGGAAUUGGAGCUGCAAUUCCUUCAAGCACCAGGGACAUCCGGCUCGGAGACGUGGCAGUGGCAGAUCCGGAAGGACAAUAUCCUGGCGUAAUUGCCUACGAUAUGGUCAAAGUCGUGCCUGGCGAGGAACGGCCUAAGCAAUGGCUGAACGCAACUCAUCCACUGUGGAGGAGCGUUAUCUCCAAGAUCAGAGCUCGUUCAGCAGUCGUCGGCGAUACCUUUCACCAGCACUUGAAAGCUUUCGACAAACCGCAAACUGAAAAAUUCCGGUGCCCCUACCUACCACCACCCUUACAUUCUGCAUUCGAGGACAACCGCCGCGAUUCAAACAAACCAGUUGUCCAUUACGGUACUAUUCUAUCAGGAGAUAAAGUUGUUCGGUCCACAGAUUUCAGGGACAAGUUGAAGGAAAAAUACCAUGAUCCCGUCGCGCUCGAUAUGGAAGCUGCAGGAGUCAUGACUUUACUGCCAGUGGCUGUGAUAAGGGGCAUUAGCGACUCUGCCGACCCUUUCAAAAACGAUCAAUGGCACGCUAGGGCUGCUGCUGUGGCUGCUGCGUACGCAAAGGAGAUGCUCAUGCAAUUAUCUCCAAAGUCACCACCAGGUAAUGGUCUGACGAUGCCGUCUCUGUCGCGUGUGACGAAAUCCUACGUCGAUGUUAGUUCAAGACUGCUAAAUUGUUACUCAGGUACGAAACAUGAGCCCAAGACAAAGAGGAUGCUCAGAGGCCAGCUACCGUCCCCUUGGGACUUCCAUGGACGUGAACAGGAGCUCGCAACUAUCGCAAUGCAUCUAGACAGAGGACGGCAAAGUCUGUUCGAGAAAUCCGUCCUGGUGCUCUCCGGUCUGAGCGGCGCAGGCAAGUCCCAAUUAGCACUGGCAUAUAUUAAGAAGCAAUUGGCUGAAGACCCAGAACGUGAAAUCUUCUGGAUCAACGGCCGGGACAAAAGAACCUUCGAGGCAAGCGUAGUCGACAUCCACGGUGACAAGAGAAAGUCUCAAAUCUCUGCUGAAACCCAAGUUACUGAGGACACGGAUAAAGUGGUCACAGAGAUUGUUGAGUCUUUUAUCGAACACUUGAACCUGCCAGAAAACACAGGAUGGCUCAUGGUUGUCGACGAUGUGACGAUGUGGAAUCCGGACGCAGGCCUUUCAGAAAAUGCUGCUGAAUUGAAUUGCUACCUUGACAGAAUCCAUCACGGAUCGCUCCUGGUUACGACCAACCGUCAGAGUUGGCUGACGAGCCAUGAACACGUGCUGUCGCUCGAUUGCCUGGAUAGUACGUCUGCCAUCACGCUUCUCAAGUCAAGGCUACGUAACCACUAUACCCGGGAAGAGGACUUGUAUGACCUCUCCCAGACGCUUCAGGGCCUGCCGCUGUCACUCAGGCUGGCCAUCACAUUCAUCCGCAAACGUGGAAUUAGAGUGACAGACUUCCUGAAACUGUGGAACGAGCGCAAGCUGGAUGAUACCUUCACCUUCAUUGAACCGAAACUGGUACAGACCCUGAGUCUGUGUUUCGAUGAGCUCAAAGCGAGAGACCCCAAUGCGGCAAGUCUGUUGACCGUGUUCGGUUUUAUGGACCAUCGAACAUUAUCAUUUGACCUAUGUUCACAUGGUGCUUCGUCGGACUUGCCACGAUGGUUACUAGACUUUGGUCAGAACAAAGACCACUUCGACAGAGCUAUCGAGUCACUCCUCGAUCUGUCGUUCAUCCAGUUGAACAACGACGAGACCGAGAUCGCCACCUAUUCCAUACACCCAUCAGUGCAUUCUUUUGCCCGCAAUAGAAGUGGUAGUGCAAAAUCGACCUUUAUACAUUGGGCAAUUACACUCAUCGCAGACAAUGUCCCCCGGACAAGCGACAAAGAUUACUACAGACGGUGUCAGGCGCUCUCACCGCAUGCUGAUCAAUGCAUGGUCUACAUGCAGGCUGGGAAUCACGAGCCACACCAUCUCGAACGCCUAGGGGCAUUGUACCGCUUGCUUGGCCGAUAUGAUAGCGCCCGUCGACUGUACACAGCGGUUCUCGAUGUUCUGUGGCCACAUCGAGGAUCAUUUCUCGAAACGACAGCCCAAGUACUCAAUGACUUGGGGCUGGUUUACUUUGGUCAACGUAAUUUCGAGCUAGCUAAUGAGACCUUUCAGGAAGCCAUCGAUGUCUAUUCUCAACUUGAUCAUCCGUGGCCAGACGGCGCUGAAGACACAUUCAUGUGUAUCAUCUUCAAUCACGGCAAUGCUUGUCGCAUGAAAGAAGCACUUGACGAAGCCGAGGACGACUUCAACAGAGUGUACAAGUUCUUUGAAGAGAAAAGGAUCAAAUCCAAUGUCUCAGCAGCACCGUGGAUUGAGAUUAUGAUUUCCAGAACACUGAAUGCUCUCGGUGAGAUUCGUCUUCAACAAGGAGAGACGCGGACCGCUCUGUCCAUGCUUCAGCGUGCGGUCAGUCUGCAAAGUGAACAUCUAGACAGUGCCCAUCCGAUCGUCCUUGCCACCACCAAGUUGAACAUCGGAAGAGCUUACACCGAUAUUGGUCAAUAUCUGGAAGCUUGCGAUAUCAUUCGCGAAGUGGCCGACAAGUAUGCCGAGCUGUGGACAGCUGACCACCCUUCCGCCGUGACGGCAAAGAGCGAGCUGGCCAGAGCCUGCAUGGGAUAUGGGCAGAUGAUGGCGGAGCUGCAACAGACCUCGGAUCAGUCUCGAAGAGGAGAUGUUCUUCUGGAAGAAGCAGAACGACUGUGGGUGGAAUGCCUCCGCUUCUACGGCGACAAAUAUGGCGAGACCUCGGAAGACGCCUUGAGGACCAAAGCCAACAUUGCGCUCCUUCAGUCCGUCACAGGCGACCUCACCAUGGCGAGAAGGAACAUGCUACAAGUCUUCCAGCAGUCGACGUCUCCGCCACAGAAAGUCAAAGCGCAGUCCGAUCUCGCUUUGAUAUGCCAGCAGAUGGGCGAUCUCGGGCUUGCCGAGAAGCAUUUUGCCCACGCGGUCGAGGCGAGUAAGCUCCUGCCCGAGCCCAGCAGGACACGGGAGCUUUCGCGUUCCAUGUAUCAUCAAGCACGUCUCUUUUUCAGCCUCGGAGACCGUGACACCUAUUCGGCAAUCCUCCAGGACCUCGUUACAUUGCAAGGGAUAGCAGAACCCAGCGAGUGGCGGGAACAUGCAGCCAACGAGCUAGCGAACUCUGGAGAGGCUCUUUGA